ACGCAAAAUCACUUUUUCAAACCUCUGCUGAUAAGUGUUUGUCUUUCAGAGUUAUUCUUUUGAAUUUUUAUUUUAAGGCCUAUGUGUUAAAAUGGCAUCAGCGAGACAACUGAGGAUUGUUCUGCUGGGGAAGAAUGGAUCAGAAAACAGCAGAGUGGGAAAUACUAUACUGGGUGCAGAAGGAUUUCGCAGUGAAUCUGCAACUAAUUCACAGCAGCACAGUAAGAGAAUCAGUGGAGCUGUGGAGGGGAGACACAUCACAGUCAUCAACACUCCUCACCUCCUCCAGCCAAAUCUCCCAUACCAUCUGACAAUCCAGAGAGUGAGAGAGUGUGUGUCUCUGGCUGCUCCAGGACCUCAUGUGAUCGCACUCAUUCUGCAGAGUAAGGACUUCAACAAGGAGGACAGACAGAGGGUGAACACUGUGCUGAACCUCUUCAGUGAGCAAGCCAUGAAACACACUAUAGUGCUGACUACUGAUGAAGAGACACGCGGCUCAAUAUUCACUAGGAAUAACGCCAUUCAUAAUGUAAUAAAGGAGUGUGGAGGAAGACAUUUUAGGUUUGAUACAAUAAACCCUGGAUGGCGCUCAGAGAUCUUCAGAAGGAUGGAGAAGAUGCUCAAGGAAAAACACGGAGAAUAUCUAAUCUGCAACAUGUAUGAGGAAGGAGUGAGGACUACUGGAAAAACAAAGCUGAACAUUGUGCUGUGUGGAAAUAAUUCAACACUCAAGAGCAUAGUGUCUAGAAUGUUUAGAGGGACAGUAAUUAAACCAAUGAAUAAACUUCUACCACAGAAAGAGAUGAGCAGAGUGUGUCAGAAGAGAGAGGGAACGAUUCAUGGACGGCAGAUCAGUGUCCUGGAGCUUCCAGCUCUGUCACAGCUCUCAGAGCAGGAAGUGAUGCAGGAGACUUACCGCUGUCUGUUUCUCUGUGAUCCUGGAGUUCACCAUUUCAUCCUCGUUACUCCUGUCUGUCCACUUACAAAAGAAGACAAAGCAGAAAUGGAGAAUAUUAAAAGAAUAUUUAAUUCUAAUGAGCACUUCAUGGUGCUUUUCAUUGCUGAACUCUCUGUCGACCAAAGUGUGAUAGAUUAUGUAGAAUCCACAGAAUCUCAGAAGGCUGUGAGUCUGUAUGGGAGUUGGUACGAUGUGAUGGGUUUAAAGGACCAGAGAAGCUCCCAACAGAUCUCAGACCUGUUUGAUUGUAUAGAGAGCAUGAAGACUGAACCCUAUUCUCUGCAGACAUAUAUGAGAGCUCCAGAAAAGAAAGUCAGACAUGAGCUAGAGGAGAAACUGAGAGUGAGAGACAAUGAAAUCAAAGAAUUACAGAUGAAGAUCAAGACGCUGGAGGGUGUGAGGCUGAAUCUGGUGGUGUGUGGGAGUAACAGAGAAUUAAUAUCCUUCAUAUCAAACCUGAUCCUGAAGCAGAGCGAGAGCAGAUCAGAGCUGAGCUCAGAGUGUGUGAGGAGAGACGUGGAGCUUGAUGGACGUCUGGUCAGUCUGGUGGAGCUUCCAGCUCUGUUCAACACUCAGCUCUCAGAGGAGGAAGUGAUGCGUCAGACUCACCGCUGUGUGUCUCUCUGUCAUCCUGGAGUUCAUGUGUUCAUCCUCAUCAUUCCUGAUGCUCCACUUAAUAAUGAAGACAGAGCAGAAAUAGAGGAGAUCCAGAGGAUCUUCAGCUCUAGAGUCAACAAACACAUCAUGAUCCUCAUAAAGCAGGAUUCAGAGCAUCAGACUGCAGAACUCAAUGAAGAAACACAGUCUGUCAUUGAGAGAUUUGGAGGACGACAUAAUUUCAUUGGUCCAAACACACAAGCAUCUGUGUUGUUGGAGAAAUUAAAGCAGAUGGUUGAAGAAAAUAGUGGUGAUUAUUUCUCCACAGACAAAUUGAUGGACGAAAAGAUGGAAAAUCUGCAGAAAUUUGAAAUAAGGAGGGCAAUUCAUUCAUUAGAGAAGUGGUUUCAGUCCCAAGAUUCAAAAGAAAGAGAAGAUGAACUAAGGAUUGUGCUGCUGGGAAAAACUGGAGUUGGGAAGAGUUCAACAGGAAACACCAUUUUAGGAAGAAAAGUGUUUGAAUCAGACAUUUCUCAAACAUCUAUUACUAAAGUGUGUCAUAGAGAGACAGCUGAAAUCAACAGCAGACACAUUACUGUGAUCGACACUCCAGGACUGUUUGAUACUGAUCUCAGUAAUAAAGAAAUCCAGAGAGAAAUCAGCAACUGCAUCUCCAUGAUCCUGCCUGGACCACAUGUGUUUCUCUUACUGAUCCCAGUGGGACGAUUCACUCAAGAGGAGGAAAAAUCACUGAAGAUCAUCCAAGAGAUGUUUGGUGAAAACUCUUUAAAGUACACCAUAGUGCUCUUCACCAGAGGAGACUUUCUAAAGAACAAAAUCAUUGAACAGUAUCUGGGAGAACCUGGAUCUACCCUUAAAAACCUGACUGAAGCAUGUGGAAACAGAUUCCAUGUGUUCAAUAAUGAGACUAGAGACCGGACACAGGUGACUGAUCUACUGCAGAAGAUAGACAACAUGGUGAAGACAAACGGAGGGAGUUACUACUCAUGUAAGAUGUUCAGAGAGAUGGAGAGAGAACUACAAGAACAACAGAAGAACAUAUUGAUGGAGAAUGUGAGGCAAAUAAUCAGAGAAACAGAAGAACUGAUGAACAAACAUAAAGAAGAGAAAGAGAGGAUGAAGAUGAAGAUUGAGGAAGAAAGACAGAAUCAUGAGAAAGUGAGAAAGAUAAGAGAAAAAGAAUAUAAAAGAGACAUUAAAGAAAGAGAGGAGCAAGAGAGAAAGAUGAAAGAGGAGAUGAAGAGAGAACAAGAGGAAUGGGAGAAACAGAAACAACAGGAAAGUGCUACUAAGCAGGUGGUUAAGGAUGUGCUGUAUGAGGAGUUAGUGACCAGAGGUAUUUUGCCUGAUGAUUCACCGCCUGAUGUGUCAAGGGAGGAUGUAGCAGCUGGAGAGGCAUCUGCUUCUAGUCCAUAUCUUGCCACUGAAUAUCGACUAGAUCCGAUGAUUGAGGUUAAGUUAAAAGAGCUUGACUUGGAAUUAAAAAAACAAGAACAUGACAUUAAAGUAGUACAACUCCGUACUGUCGAAGUUGAGGCAGAUAGGGAUAUUAGGCUUAAAACACUUGAGAUUGAAGCUGAGAAUUUGCGGAGGAAGUCUGUUCAGCCUGUUCCCCUUCCACGUACGAGAGCUCCCUCUUCACCAGCAUUUGGUGUUGCCCAGUUACAAUCUAGUACCGUUAACUACGAUUCAGUGGGUGAUACCCAGUCAAACUUUGAUGUUGCAAAAAACAUUUUGGACUACGUGAGUGCUUUCCGGGAACGUCUCCAUAAAGCUUGUGAGGUGGCAAAGGCUCAUUUGGUGACCGCACAGUCCAAGAUGAAGUUGCGUUAUGACAAAACCAGUGUAAAACGUAUCUUCCAACCUGGUGAUUUAGUUUUAGUUUUGCUUCCUGUUCCAGGCUCAGCGCUGCAUGCUAAGUUUACAGGUCCUUAUGCCAUUGAUAAGAGACUUUCUGACACAGAUUAUGUGAUCUCGACUCCAGAUCGUAGGAGAAAGAGUAGAGUGUGUCAUCUGAACAUGUUAAAGGCUUAUGUCACAAAAGAAACCUCCAAAGCUUGUGUUGACACUGUUACAUCUGUAGUUGCUGCUACUGUGCUGUCUGCAGCAUAUUCUCCUGUGGAGGAUAACCUGAUUGUACAUGAAGACCGAAUGUCCUGUACACGUCUAGACAAUUCAGCGGUCCUGAAUGACUUGGAUGCAUAUCUUGCUCAUUUGCCAAAUGACCAGCGAACAGAUAUCAUUGAGUUAAUGAGUAGAUACCCUACCCUGUUCUCCGAUAUCCCCAGCCAGACUACCGUCCUCAUGCAUGAUAUUGAUGUAGGUAGCUCUGCUCCUAUAAAACAACACCCCUACCGUGUAAACCCUCAUAAACGUGAGAUAAUGAAGUCAGAAGUUGAAUACCUACUGCAACAAGGUUUUGCUAAGCCUAGCCAGAGCCCCCUGGAGUUCCCCAUGCUUGCUCGUUCCAAAGUCUAA